AUUGUUAUACGGUUGGAAUGCGCCAUGUCACUUUACAUUGGUUGUGAAUUUUGUUCAAGUUGAGUAAUUGACUACGACCACACUACCUACUACUUAGUCACAGAAAGGCGAAGGAUAAAAAAGUUUGUGGCAGUCGUAUAAUAAGUUUUGUGAAUUUCAACAUACAUACUCCUUUUAUUAUUAUCAUUGGUCAAAGUUUAAACAAAAUAUAUUUUAAUUAAUUUUCGCAAGUACAAAGUGAAUCGAAAUGUUUAACAAUUUUAUUGAUCUUGUGCAGUUGUUCUAAUUAGAGGACCUGGACCAUGCAGGCAAUUAAGUGCGUGGUUGUAGGUGAUGGAGCUGUGGGUAAAACGUGUUUAUUGAUCAGCUACACAACAAAUGCUUUUCCAGGCGAAUACAUACCUACAGUAUUUGACAAUUAUUCUGCUAAUGUAAUGGUAGAUGGUAAACCAAUAAAUCUUGGUCUAUGGGAUACGGCUGGUCAGGAAGAUUACGACAGAUUACGACCACUGUCGUAUCCUCAAACUGAUGUUUUCUUAAUUUGUUUUUCAUUGGUGAAUCCCGCAAGUUUUGAAAACGUUCGAGCCAAAUGGUAUCCGGAGGUUCGUCAUCAUUGCCCAGCUACUCCUAUAAUAUUGGUUGGAACUAAAUUAGAUUUGCGUGAAGAUAAAGAAACUAUUGAACGAUUAAAGGAUAAAAAACUUGCACCUAUAACAUAUCCUCAGGGUUUGGCCAUGGCAAAAGAAAUUAGUGCGGUGAAAUAUUUGGAAUGCUCAGCUUUAACGCAAAAAGGAUUGAAAACAGUUUUUGACGAGGCAAUUCGAGCAGUCCUUUGUCCCGUUCUCCAAGUAAAGUCGAAACGCAAAUGUUGCCUCCUAUAAUAUUAACCUUCUUUUUAUUUGAUGUAAAACUUUUCAGUUGAAAGUAAUUCUUUGAGUUUUUUUCAAAAUUUAUAUAUUAUAUACACAUAUAUUUUCACAGGCUAAUAAUUAUUUUACUUUCAUAGAAACAGUCGAUAAUGAGACGCACAACUAACAAACAUUUAUUGACUUUUAACAAAAUUAAUAAUAUAAAGAGAGGUAUGUAUAGAGUGGUGCGUUAUAAUAAGCCAAAAUAAAAAAAAAAAAACAAAAAAAAAAACAAAAAAAAAACAAAAAAAAACUGUUUAGAAUGCAGAAAGUUUUUCUUUUUAGCAUUUAUUAACGAUUAUGACUUGUUACUUUUUAAUUAAUUAUUUUUACAAUCUUACAAAAAAAUCAACAUAUAAGCUGAUUGUGUACAGUAUGCGAGAGUAUAUUAACAAUAAUAGCUGCGAUUACUCUUAUGUUUUGUAAAGAAAAAUAUACAGUGAGGGUGCUUUCAAAUUAAAAAUAUAUGAUAUAGCGAAAGUAUGUUUUCAACAAUACCAUAACGGUUAAAAUUAUCUGUGGUAGUUAAUACUAUGACUGCGACUGAUUUGAAAAUUUCUUUGCAUUUUCGACAUUUUACGUCGUAUGUGUAAAUUAUUUUUAAAAAAUUAAUAUUACUGUUCGCUUACAAAGUCCAGUAUAAAUAACAAAUUUUUAAUAAAUUCAAGAAAUUAAUGGAACUUUUUAUUGAAUAAAAUAAAUGUACAGAGCGAAAAAAUAA